AUGGUCGCCAUGCGUCGUCUGAGUAUGAAUAUGAUUACAUUUGCUGUUGGAAGUGUUCCGAUUCUCAUCGUUUGUAUUGUUGCUCUUGCAAAUCUCCGUGAAUUAUCUUCACUUGGAGAAGGAUGUAAAAGUCCUUGUAAGACAUUUCUCUACAGUUAUUUGUUCAUUGAUGUUGAAAUGCUGGCUAGUGUUGCAGCUAUUGUAUGGCUAAUUGCGAUGAUCGUGGAUCCUGUGAUCAAUAUAUUGGCUGACAAAAAGUUGCGGGGAGUCUUCCUGCGACAAUUUCCAUCAGUAUUUCGAUCACUCCCGACAAUUUUUCGAAAAUCAAAAGAAAAAUUAACAGAAACUACGGUUCUCCCUGAAAAGGACGAACAAGAAGGAGAAGAAGAUCUGGAAGUUGAACGUUUCUGA